CGAAGAGGAAGGAGGACACCGCUCCUGCCCUUCGCGGCUGGGACGGGGCUCCAGUCCCUGUGAGCGCUGCCCCAUCCGAGCUGCGUUUGCCCUGGGGAUUUGGAGCCUUCUCGGGAGGGUCACUGGGGCCGGAAUCCCGCGGGCCCUUCCCUCCCGCCACCAGCUUUGCUUCUGCUUCCUCAGUACCGGAAACCAAUUCAAAAGAUGAAGCCUAAUAAAGGAAAGAUCUGCACUAGGGAGAGAGACUAUGUGUACAAAUUCAAUGCUGGAAAUCAACAUUUAGUCCUUACUGUGCCUCUCAAAUUCCCUGUGCAAGAGAAUAUUAAUCAUUUGCAUGGACGUCUAAUGCUUCUGCACAAUCUGCCGUGCUUUAUAGAAAAUGACCUGAAGCAAUCCCUUAAUAAGUUCAUAGAAGAGGAAACUAUAAAAGAUUAUGAUAGAGAAGCUGAACUGGCUCUGGAAGCAGUGAAGUCAGGAAAAGUAGACAUAAACCAGCUGGCAGAUACUUGGGCUAAAGCUUAUAAAGAGACAACGUUAGAAUAUGCAAAACCUGAAGAAACCAGCUGGGAUGAAGAUUUUGCCGAUGUUUAUCAUGAUCUGAUACAUUCUCCAGCUUCUGAGAUGCUGUUAAACCUGGAGCACAAUUACUUUGUUAGUAUCUCAGAAUUAAUAAGUGAAAGAGAUGUGGAACUGAAAAAGCUACGGGAAAGACAAGGAGCUGAAAUGGAUAAGGUGAUGCAGGAGCUAGGGAAAUCACUAACAGACCAAGAUGUAAAUUCAUUAGCAGCUCAGCAUUUUGAAUCUCAGCAGGAUUUAGAGAACAAAUGGACCAAUGAAUUAAAACAGUCUACUGCUAUCCAGAAGCAGGAAUACCAGGAAUGGGUGAUAAAGCUUCAUCAGGACCUAAAGAAUCCCAACAACAGCUCGAUCAGUGAUGAAAUUAAGGUUCAGCCCAGUCAACUAAGAGAAUCUGCAGAAGGAAAUGGAAGAAUUUAUGAAGAGCAAAGGCUGUUAGAAGAAAGUUUUACUAUUCACUUGGGAGCUCAGUUGAAGACCAUGCAUAAUUUGAGAUUAUUGAGAGCUGAUAUGCUGGAUUUCUGUAAACAUAAGCGUAAUCAUCGAAGUGGAGUAAAACUUCACAGACUUCAAACUGCAAUGUCUCUCUAUUCAACUUCUCUCUGUGGCUUGGUUUUAUUGGUAGAUAACCGGAUCAGUUCAUAUAGUGGCAUCAAAAGAGAUUUUGCAACUGUGUGCCAAGAAUGCACAGAUUUCCAUUUUCCUGGAAUUCAAGAACAGCUUGAAAUUGUCCAGAAGGUUGUACUUAAGGCCAGAACACAGCGUAGUAGUAAGUCGAAAAGACAUCAUGAAAACAAAAGUAGUGGAAUAGAAGAUAAAUUAAAGAAUGUUGAACGAAACCAGUCAAAUAUUUUGCCGGGAGAAUUCUACAUCACACGCCAUUCAAAUCUUUCUGAAAUUCAUGUUGCUUUCCACCUCUGCGUGGACGAUAAUGUAAGGUCUGGUAACAUAACUGCUCGGGAUCCUGCAAUCAUGGGACUCAGAAACAUUCUCAAAGUUUGCUGCACACAUGACAUUACUACUAUUAGUAUUCCUCUCCUGUUGGUGCACGAUAUGUCAGAAGAAAUGACCAUUCCAUGGUGCUUGAAGAGGGCAGAGCUUGUGUUCAAGUGUGUCAAAGGUUUCAUGAUGGAAAUGGCCUCAUGGGAUGGAGGAAUUUCUCGGACUGUACAAUUCUUGGUACCACAGACAAUUUCUGAGGAAAUGUUUUACCAGCUGAGUAAUAUGCUUCCGCAGAUCUUCAGAGUAUCUUCUACACUUACUCUGACCUCUAAGCACUGAAUUUUGUGCAGCAGUAAGAUGUAUCCUGUUGACAAAGGAUGAGAUUACAGAGAUUCUGGAAUAGAAUGUCUCUUUUCUGAGGGAUGAUGACCCUGAAGUGGUAUUUGUUGCAAUUUCAAGAGUCAUGUUGUCAUAAUAAAUGAUAAAUGCUUUCCGUACUUGGUGUUAGCAGUUGAUUUUUGCCUCUUGCUUUCCGAUUCAGCAGGGUGUUAAUGCUGAAUUCCUCACUUUCAUCUGAAAGAUGUUCAAUGUAACGUACUGUAUAUAAUCUACAGAAAUAUAAGUGAUUCUCUUAUUAAGUAGUAGGAAUAAGAGCUUAUGGUAGGAAUAGGCUCUUCUGAAUGGACUUCAGGUUGUUGAGUUUUAAAAGCAUUUUCUGAAUUUGCUCAAUGAUAUUUUAAAAAGUAUGAACAAUGUCAAGUGUUUCCUUAGAAUAACUUUGAUAUAAUUAGUCAGAGUUGUAUUUCCAGAGUCACAGUGACCACUAAAAUAAAAUGUAUUACUGCUUCAUUUUACCACUUUGCUGUUAUAAAAUGGAACAAGCAUUUAUGCUGCUGCAUUUUAUAGAUCAGAGAAGUGCUUAAAAAAAUCAAAAUAAUAUACUUGUGACAAUGAUUAGAACUUUAAUUUUUUUUUUUUUUCCCCCAUAUGUUAACUUUUUUGCUUUAUUUCAAGAGAGCACAUUCACAAGUCUGUCAUCUGAACAACUGAAUAGGAACACUAUAAUAAUCUGGAUUCUGUACAGGUAUAUUUUGCUGCUUAUUGAUUAUUAAUGUUUUAUGACUAAGGAAUCUAAUCAGAAAUACCAGGGAGACAGGGGAGGUUCAAAACUGUUUCCCCCCACCUGUCUAGGACAGUCAAACUUUUUGAACUCAGCUGUGGAAACAAGUGCUGGAAGCAAUGCAGAGAUUGGCCACAGGGAAAGUCCUGUGUCUGAAACGGGGGUUCUUGGGGUUCCUAGAAGAGUCAGGCUCACAGCAAAGCAGCUCAGGGUGUUGGAGGUCCCAGGCAACUUUCAGAAGUCCACAGUUCUGUUGUGCAGGAAGCAUGAGGAUCCUGGCAGAGCUGGCUUUGAAUCUGGAAUCUCUUUCUAUGUAUUACUGAAAUUCUACACUUGAAAAACAAGGAUCCUGGAAGCCAAUGAAAAAUCAAAUUAUUUUCUAUUUUCAGUGUGGGUUUUGGUGGUUUUUUUUGUUUUUGUUUUGGGUUUUUUUUUGUUUUGUUUUGUAUUUUUUUGUUCUUUUUUUUUUUUUAAUUCUUUUGAUAAAUGUGAAGAUUGCAAAGCUCUGUUCUGGAGAGACAAUACUAUUUAAAAUUCUUACAGGGAAUAAAAGGAAUAUUAAUUAUUUCAUUAUGUUUAUAAAGUUGCCAUGUAACUAAUGAUCUCUUAACUUAGUUUUUUAUAAGGUCCUGCAUGCUGAACAGAAACCAUGUAAGUGACCCAGCAAACAUCUAUUGCUGAACUGUGAAAUACUUUCUUUUCCUCUGCCAGCAACUUCUCAAGAAGAAUCAUGCAAGUAAUGUGACCUAAUUUUGUGUUCUAGAAAAGAAGGAUGAAAAUUCAUCUAGAAGGAGCUGGAUUAAUCCUGUUAGAGCUCAUUUUACAUUGCUGGCCGUAAGCUGAAAUUAAACUCUGGUCCCAGAAAAGCAAGUGCUCUAACCACUGUUCUGUUAGGGAAAGGUGCAGUAGCCGAAGUAUUCCUUUUUAUAAGUUGUGAGACUUAUCUGUGUUGUGAAAAAGGUCUCUGUUACAUACUUGGUACUUUAAUUUUACUUUUUCUUCAGUCAGUACCUCUACCAACAAGUAGCUGGUGGAACAUCAAAAAUUCUUCAGCAAAUCAUCUUGCUUAUACUUUUAGACUGUUAAUAGAAAUUAUGCCUGAAUUCUCCUGUUAUUUUUAUCAAAACAUGGAUUAAUUUAGUAUCACUUGUGUAAAACUGGCAGUAGUUUCUGAGAAGGUAAUUAAAUGUUUGUCUUUCAUUUUUUGAAUCUGUGUGUUUUCAGUCCUUUGCAGUUUACAUAUGAACUUUUCAGCAUUGGUCUUUGGUACUAAAAAGAACAAACAAGCUCUAGUGGUGAAGUUUUGGAAAAUCAAAGUGGUAGGAAUGGCAUGGGAAAACUAUUAAUUAUGCUUAAAAUUGUAGUGAAGCCUGGCCCAUGUAAAUCCUGAAUUGGCCCGCCAGACGGAACCUUUGCCUAAAGGAUUCUUGAUGCAUCAUCUAUUAUUCCCAUUUUUCAUAUCUAUUCCCAAGGAAGUAGUGCUAACAGCAGAUUUUUAGCUGUCUUCAUUGAAAAACAGAAUGUAGAGAUGCGAUGACCUAAACUGUACUUUCUCUUUGAUCCAUAGCUGGCAGCAGUACAGAACAGUAGCAGACAGGCUGCAAUUUAUGCAGUAAAGUCACAUGAGAAAUCCUGUUUGGGUCAUGAGAAGCUGGAUUAAGAGGAAAAUGACUCAAUAGGCAUGAGGUUUUCUAUUUGUAUAUGCAGUGCAGUGUUCCUUGGAAGGAUGACAGUAUUUAAUGUCUUGAAAACGUGCAAAAUUGUAUGUGUAGCUUGUGUUGAAUAAAUUGUUCUUGCCACAAAAAGAAA